AGUCGCUUAGGUUGAUUUGCAUUUUCGGCGUAAUCGGGGGUUGCAAACGUACGGCAGGCUUGCUUUUCGAGAUGGGACCACCAGCAGGCUGGUCUCAUGCAAAUGACCAGUGCAAGACUCGCCCAGUCAGUAAUUUGCUCCAACCCUCUCAGCUCUCGCCAAUUAACCAUGAAGCUUUCCUUCGCUGCCCUCGCCCUCGCCGCUGCGGCAUCGUCAUCGAACGCUCAGGAAUUCUGUGGGCGUGACGACUUCAAGGUUGUCGGAGACUACACGGUAUACAACAACCUCUGGGGACAGGACAACGACAAGGCGGGUGGACAGUGCACUACGGUUGACGGCAGCAGCGGCUCCGAGAUCGCGUGGCACACGAGCUUUAACUGGGCCGGCGAUAACUGGCAGGUCAAGUCGUACGCCAACGCUGCGCUCAAGUUCGACCCUGUGCAGAUCUCCAAUGUGACGUCAAUCCCCACCACGAUGGAGUACACAUACAAGUAUGACGGCAACAUUAUCACGAAUGUGGCGUACGACCUGUUCACUAGCCCCUCGAUUGGCGGCGAGACCGCGUACGAGCUGAUGGUCUGGCUUGCCGCACUAGGCGGUGCCUGGCCGUUGACCACCACUGGCCAACCUAUUAAGUCCGUAACGCUCGGUGGCGUGGAGUUUAACCUGUACCAGGGAUGGAACAACAAGACCAAGGUCUUCACGUACGUCGCCAAGAACAUGGCCACGAGCUUCUCGGCUGACCUCAAGCAAUUCUUCGAUGAGCUUCCGGCCGACAACACGAUCGAGACGACGCAGUACCUCACCCACGUUCAGGCUGGUACUGAGCCGUUCCAGGGCAAGAACGCCACGAUGACUGUGUCCAAGUACUCGGCCGCUGUCCACACAGUUUAAGCGACCGCGUAGACUCAGCCAGCGCGUACAUACUGAAAACGGCGACCAUUGAAAAGUAGUAGUUACGAUAGGGAUUUGACAGAACCAGCUCUUCCGAAUACAACAGCAAAGUUCAUCUUCAUGGUCAUCCCA